UCUCCACAGAAGUUCACCAGCCCCAGCAAGCAGCAUGACCAGCCAGUCUCAGGGAAUCCAGCAGCUUUUGCAGGCAGAAAAACGUGCCAAGGACAAACUGGAGGAAGCCAAAAAAAGAAAGGGUAAAAGGCUGAAGCAGGCUAAGGAAGAAGCCACAGCUGAGAUAGACCACUACAGACUACAGAGGGAGAAGGAAUUUAGAAACAAGGAAACAAACGUAAUGGGCUCCCAAGGUAACCUCUCUGCCAAAAUAGAAGAGCAAACAACAGAAGCCAUCCGAAACCUCACAAGCAGCUACCACAGGAACAUGGAGAGCAUGAUGAAAAAGCUCUUGAGCACAAUAUUUGACAUCAGCCCUGAAAUUCACCCAAACUUCAGACCUGCAGUUUAA